GAGGGAGUGAGCCUACAACGACAAGGAAGAGGGCGUUGGGGGUGGGGACAUGGCGACAGUGCCAGGGGGCGUGUGAGCCGCGGGCGAAGAGCAACUUCAGCCGGGCGCGUGCGGCUGGGAGGCGGGCGGAGCGUGAGCUGCCAGCCUGGAGCGGGGAGCAGGGAGCCGGGAGCCACGGCCCGCGCCCUGCGCGUUAGCAUCCUCCGGGUUCCCAGCCCCGGGUGCUGAGCUCGCCGCUAUAAAUAGCAGGUUACAGCUUCUGCCUGGGCGCACACGCUCUCACUGGAGAACGCAGGAAAGUCAGCCCGAAAGUGUCUGCCGCUGCUAUCGCCCCCUACUCAGCCUCUGUGAGAGAACCCAAGGAAAUGGUGACACCUGGCAAGAGAACUGCUGUGUUUCAUGAGAGUUCAGACCAAGAGCCAUAAAACCAGAGAAACAAUGAACGCAGACUUAAGCUGUUGAGGAACACAACAUAUAUCAGAAUUUCACAGCGGGAUAUUAGAUCGUUAGAGUGAAGACACACCAGCCUUAAACCAGAACCCAUUCACUGGUACCACUUGGACAAGACACCGUGGACAAGAAAUCAGUUGUGCGGUGGAUCAUGGAAAUCAAAGAGGAAGGAACUUCAGAAGAAGGCCAGCAUUUUCUUCCUACAGCUCAGGCAAAUGACCCUGAGGACAUUCAGUUCACAAGCAUCCAGAAGAUCCCCAAUGAACCACAGCUGGAAUUCAUCCUUGCGUGCAAGGAUCUUGUGGCUCCCGUCUGUGAUCGGAAUCUGAACACAGUAGUGCAGAUCUCAGUCAUCCAUCCGGUGGAGCAGACCCUGACGAGGUACUCCAGCACGGAGAUUGUGGAGGGAACAAAAGACCCACUGUUUUUGACGGGUGUCACAUUCCCAUCCGAGUACCCCAUCUAUGAAGAGACUAGAAUAAAACUGACAGUCUAUGAUGUCAAGGAUAAGUCUCACGACACUAUUCGCACCAGUGUCCUUCCGGAGCACAAGGAUCCCCCUCCAGAAGUUGGGAGGAGUUUCCUGGGCUGUGCCAGUUUUCAAGUUGGGGAACUGCUGAGGUCCAAGGAGCAGCUGCUGUCGCUGAGCCUGAGAACCUCAGAUGGUGGCAAAGCAGUUGGCACCAUAGAAGUCAGCCUCGUGAAGAUGGGGGAGAUUGAGGAUGGGGAUACCGACCAUAUCACAACAGAUGUGCAGGGACAAAAGUGUGCACUAGCGUAUGAAUGUACAGCCGCAGAAAGUGGGAGCGGGAAGGACAACUCACCUUUAUUAAAUGCAGUGUUAAGGAACCCUGUGUGUAAGCUCUAUAGAUUCCCCACCGCCGACAACAAGUGGAUGCGGAUCCGCGAGCAGAUGUCCGAAAGCGUUCUUUCUUUCCAUAUCCCCAAGGAACUGAUUGCGCUGAACAUAAAAGAAGACUUGUGUAGAAACCAGGAGUUAAAAGAGCUUGGUGACCUGUCUCCACACUGGGACAACCUACGGAAAAAUGUCCUUACUCACUGUGAUCAAAUGGUGACAAUGUACCAAGACAUUCUGACAGAGCUUAGCAAGGAAACAGGGUCCUCUUUCAAAUCCAGCAGCAGCAAAGGAGAGAAAACGUUAGAAUUUGUUCCAAUAAAUCUACACUUGCAGCGGAUGCAAGUGCACAGCCCUCACCUCAAAGAUGCUCUCUAUGAUGUCAUCACUGUGGGAGCCCCAGCUGCCCAUUUUCAGGGAUUCAAGAAUGGUGGUCUUCGGAAAUUACUCCAUAGAUUUGAGACAGAGAGAAGGAACACCGGCUACCAGUUUAUUUACUAUUCACCUGAAAACACAGCCAAGGCAAAGGAGGUGCUCAGCCACAUCAGUCAGCUGCAGCCUCUCAUAGCAACCCACGCAGACCUGCUGCUCAGCUCCGCCAGCCAGCGCUCUGCAGACAGCUUGAGGAGUUCUUUAAAGAUGCUCUCAGAAAAAACUGAGCUUUUUGUACACGCCUUCAAGGAUCAGCUGGUCAGGAGCGCUCUUCUGGCUCUCUUCACGGCAAGGCCAGGAGGCAUCCUUAAGAAGCCACCCUCUCCUAAGGACAGCACAGAGGACACUUGUCCCCUGGAUGAGCCCCCUCAGCUGAGAAGACAAGACUCCAUACCACACCAUUCUGAUUAUGAUGAGGAAGAGUGGGAUCGGGUGUGGGCCAACGUGGGGAAGAGCCUCAACUGCAUUAUCGCUACCGUGGACAAACUGAUUGAGAGAGACGGUCACAACGGAGGUGGUCCCAGAGGCAGCAGCGGUCAAGAUGGAGACACGGAGCCUUCCCUAGAGGAUUCCAUCACAUCUCACCCAAAGGAGGACUGGUAUGAACAGCUACAGCCCCUCAUCCUCACCCUGAAGGAGUGCAUGGGAGAGGUGGUGAGCCGAGCCAAGCAGUCCCUGACGUUUGUGCUGCUUCAGGAGCUGGCUUACAGCCUACCCCAGUGCCUGAUGCUGACGCUGAGAAGGGACAUCGUCUUCAGUCAGGCGCUUGCUGGAUUGGUGUGUGGUUUUAUCAUCAAGUUACAUACAAGUCUGCAUGACCCCGACUUCCUCCAGCAGCUUCACACAGUGGGCUUGAUAGCGCAGUAUGAAGGACUGCUAAGCACCUAUAGUGAUGAAAUCGGGAUGCUCGAGGACAUGGCUGUCGGCAUUUCAGACUUGAGGAAAGUUGCAUUUAAAAUAACUGAAGCCAAGUCUAGUGAUGACCUGCCCAUUCUCACAGGAAGGCGAGAACACUACGUGGUGGAGGUCAGGCUCCCGGCUGCCAUGUUUGAGUCCCUCCCUCUGCAGAUUAAAGAAGGCCAGCUGCUCCAUGUCUACCCAGUUCUGUUUAAUGUUGGAAUCAACGAGCAGCAGACUCUGGCUGAGAGGUUUGGAGAUGUUUCUUUGCAAGAAAGUAUUAAUCAAGAAAACUUUGAACUUGUUCAAGAAUAUUAUUCGAUAUUCACAGAAAAGAUGCCGCCUGAUUAUAUUUCACAUUUUCAAGAACAAAAUGAUUUAAAAGGAUUGUUGGACAAUCUCCAUCAAAAUAUUCAAGCCAAGAAAAGAAAGAAUGUGGAGAUCAUGUGGCUGGCAGCAACAAUUUGUCGCAAGCUCAACGGUAUCCGCUUCACCUGCUGUAAAAGCGCCAAAGACAGGACCUCGAUGUCAGUGACGCUGGAGCAGUGCUCCAUCCUGAGGGAUGAGCACCAGCUGCACAAAGACUUCUUCAUCCGAGCCCUGGACUGUAUGAGAAGCAGCCAGAUCCAGGGAGCCCUGAGCGAGUCCGAUGACCCAGAGACCGGCCGUCUAACUGACGACAAGCCGACGUCUCGACACUUCUACCCCGUCGCCCUCCUCCUCGUCAGCUCCCACCUGCUCGUUGUGUGGCUCAUUUUAAGUCUCGCGUUACUCUUAGCCAAAUACCAGUAAAUUUUAUGCUGUGUUCCUUCCUUUUCUAUAAACGACAAUGGACUUUAAUUCUGGGGACAAUGUUGUAAUAUUUCUACAUUUUCAAAUUCACAGAAUUUAAAAAAAAAGGCGAUCAAAGGAAAUGUUUAAAUAGUGGUUUUGUUUGUUUUUCCUAAAACCUAGAAGGCAAGAAGUGCCAUGCAUUGAGUGAAUUAUUUUGCUCUUUUGUUCACGGAAAAGUGUUUUCCCACUGCUGAGUAGCUAAAGACGCAUUUUAAAAUUACUGUCUUUGGAACAAGACAAAGAAUAGCAUCCUGAAAGCUUGAAGAUCUGAACCUCCCCUUCCCCCAUCAUUUAUUAAAGAAAUUAGGACUGACAUUGUGCAACAGUAAAACCCCCAAGACAAUCUGGGGGGCAGGAGGUUCCAGACUCUCUUUCCACUGUGCUAAUAACAUAGUUGCGAUCAGCUGGUAGACGUGUGUCCCCUUUCCGACUCUGCCCUCCCGUCUCUUAGUCAUCGCUGCUUUUAAUCUUCUUGUGUCAAGUAACUUUAUGGAAAGAAUGGCUAUUUAUGUUUUGUAAUUAAAUUAACCUAUUUCUAACUAUUGUUUGUGUUAAUUUGGCUUUCAGACUACUUUUCUAUUCUUUUUAACAAGGACUCAUUUGUGUCUUGAUGCGCCAUUUUUUCUGCACCUGUGACUUUUUGUACUGUGGUUGAGGCGCGCUCCUCCUUCAUGACACUGGUGUUCGGAGCAGGGUACUGAGAAAGCCAUCUGCUCUCUUCACCGCAUAGCUAAAGUGACCAAGUUGAAUAGGAACGAACUUCCUUUUAAAAAUCUAUAGGGCCAGACUUAAUAAAUUAAAUGCCUUAUUCCUAGAGCUGCAUCCUUAGGGCUACAUGUAGACUUUAAUGUGUUUUAAGGGAUAGUUAAUUUGUGGAAAAGUUAUACAAAGGCAGAUAUAUUUAUGAAAUUAAAGCAUAGCUGUAUUGUGAAGCAAAUUAUAUUUAAAGAGUUUAUCAGAAGUUAAAUAUCUGUUAAGAAACUUAAUCCUAUCUUUCCGAAGGCAAUAAUGGUAUUGGGCCUGGCCUAGGAUUUAAUUUUGUAAGAUGUAUCAUCACCUGUGGGGAAAAAAAAAAUGUAGAGUUGAAUCUUUGUUAUUUUUACUUGGACUGUUGCUGCAACUCUGCAUUGACCA